CAUGCGCGCCUGUGGCUUCGAGCCGGAGGGUGAAAGGUCGCGGCCGGUUGGACUUUCAUGGCGACGGUGGUUUCUGCGCUCCUCGCUUGUGCGGCUUCGCGGCUGGCCAGGACUUUCAGUGGGUUCCCAGCGCACUGCCUUGUGCGAGGAAAGCACAGUUCUUGUGAUGUGGCCAUUGUUGGAGGAGGAAUUGUUGGAUUGGCGUCUGCUAGAGAACUUAUACACCGGCAUCCUAAAUUGAGCUACAUCUUACUGGAAAAGGAAAAGGAAUUGGCUUUCCAUCAGAGUGGACACAAUAGUGGGGUUAUUCACAGUGGAAUUUACUAUACUCCAGGGUCUUUGAAGGCCAAACUUUGUGUGCGAGGUGCUGAACUAAGCUAUGCAUAUUGUCAGGAGAAAGGUAUCCCUCAUAAAAGAUGCGGAAAACUUAUUGUUGCUGUUGAACAAGAAGAAAUCUCAAGACUAAAGGCAUUGUACAAACGUGGACUGCAGAACAACGUCCGAGACCUGAAACUUAUUGAUGCAAAGGAAAUUCAGGAGCGAGAGCCCUAUUGUAGAGGUUUAUUAGCUUUAGAUUCUCCAAACACAGGAAUUGUAGAUUGGAGAGAGGUGGCCCUGUCAUAUGGAAAAGAUUUUUGUGAAAUGGGUGGAACUAUUAAAACACAAUUUGAAGCAACAGACUUUCAGCUAACUAAGGAAAGUCCUGAAGGCUCCACAGAUGGUCUAAAAUAUCCAAUUGCAAUCAAGAGUUCAAAGGGAUCUGCAAUACAUUGCAGCUAUGUUGUGACAUGUGGAGGUCUGUAUUCAGACAGGCUGUCCCAGAAAUCAGGCUGCAGUAGUGAGCCACGAAUAGUGCCUUUUCGGGGAGAUUACUUGGUGCUAAAACCUGAAAAACACUACUUAGUCAAAGGCAACAUUUAUCCUGUUCCAGAUCCAAAGUUUCCUUUCCUUGGUGUGCACUUUACGCCCAGAAUGGAUGGUAGUGUCUGGCUUGGACCAAAUGCAGUUUUGGCAUUUAAACGAGAAGGUUACGAUGUUUUUGAUUUUGAUCCACAUGAUUUUGCAGAUGCCAUGUCCUAUAGUGGCGUCCAGAAACUUAUAUUGAAAAAUAUAGCCUUUGGCUUGAACGAAAUGUACAGAGGAGUUGUAAUGGGUGCCCAAGUAAAACAACUUCAAAGGUACAUACCCGCACUCACCGUGAACGAUGUCACAAGAGGGCCAUCUGGAGUAAGAGCCCAAGCCUUGGACAAAGAUGGCAAUCUCGUGGAUGACUUUGUGUUUGAUGGAGGUUCUGGUGCAAUUGGGAGCCGUGUUCUUCAUGUUCGAAAUGCCCCUUCUCCUGCAGCAACUUCAUCCUUAGCUAUUGGUGAAAUCAUUGCUGACGAAGCAGAAAAGAAAUUCAAGUUGUAAUAUUUUACAUGUUUUUGUUUUCUAAAAUUUUGCUAAGUUACGCACAGCCAAAUAUGGCAAAAUCUAAAACUCAGGAUGUAAACUUAGUAAGUCAGAUGAAUAGCUGAAUUACUUGUUACUGUAUGUGGUUUCUCUUUUUAUACUUCUACAGCAUUGAGUCCUACUGAAGACUGUUGCACUGAAAUUGAUUACAUAGACUGAUGGCUGCUGCACUGAAAUUCAUUACACAGAAUUUUAUUUGUGAAUUUAAUCAAAGGAGGAUGAUCCUCUCCAGCCUAUUUUAGAAAUGCCUUUUUUGCAGAUGCAAAAGUUUCAAUAGCUAAUUAUUAAUGCUGAAUUAUAUUAACGCAGCUUAAACUGCUACAAAUUGGAAUAACUGUAA